AUGGCAACCCGGGUAGACUUCGAACGCCACGUGGCCGGCGCUAAAUGCUGGUCGGAAAGGGGUUAUAAGCAGGGUAGACUUAGCCUUAUUUUCCCCAUCCCAUCGUUCCUUCGUCGCUACCUCGCCGUCCUUUCCCACAUACUCGCUGCUUCCACGAUGUCUGCUCGCUCCGCCACCCCUGCCUCGAUGCCUUCGCUCGUCAACCGCCGCCUCGCCUCGCUGCUUGUGGUCCUCGAGGCUCCGCCGACCACCGACGCCGCACUCGACGUGGUCGAGGAGUGGGCGCAAGACUUGUUGCCGCUCAUGCUCACCUAUCGCAAGGCCUUGGGCGCCAUCCGCGACGAGGAGACGGAGUUGCGCGUCGCCGCCGCCAUCAAACAACUCGCCGAGCGGGCGUCAGAGUCGUGGGUCGAGUGGGCGCGCGGGGACUGGCCUGAGCUUGCGACUGCCAUUGACACUGAGGUCGAACGACGCCUCGAAGAACAGAAGCGCCUCGCCGAGGAGGAAGCACGACGCGUCGAAGAGGCCGCGAAGCGUGCGAAGGCCGCCGAGGACCGUCGCCUCGAAGACGAACGGCGUCGAAAGGAUGAAGAGGACCGUCUCAGGCAGGCCGCCGAAGAUGAGCGUCGCGCACAAGAGGCCGCCGAUGAGGAGUUGGCGAGGAUCGCGGCCGCCGAGGGACUUCUCGACAAGGGGAAAGGGCGCGCGAUAGUCGACGAGGAAGUCGCCAAGUUGUCGGACGACCCUUCGAUCAAGACUCCUCGGACGAUCGAACGUCUGUUCGCGAUGACAGAGGUCGACAUGGCCGCCGCGGCGAUUGAGAAGCGCCAGGCCGGACAGAAGUGUGAUCGUUGCGCCGGCUACCGCUCGGCCCCUGUCGAGUGCGUGUGGGUCGAGAACGCCACGACCUGCAAGAGGUGCGCGCAGUUCCAACAGGGCUGCUACUUCGACAAGGUGUCCGUCCUGGGCAAGACAAAGAAGAUGCGCGGCGGGGGAUCAACCACCAAAAAGCGCAUUCGGCCGGCCUCUCCUGGGCCUUCGAUCGCGGACUUGGGUGGUUCGAAGAAGCGCCGAGUCGACGAGCCUCCGCGACCCCUUUGUCAUGAUCGCGACACCCUUCUACGACUGCCACUCGAUGGGGCCAGCCGCCUUGGCCUCGAACAAGACGAUCUCGACGCGCUCGACCUCGACGACGAAUCUCAGGGGAUCAUCCGCGUCAUCCGCGAGGAGCGCGCUCACAUCGCUCGCCGUCGAGUGCUCCUCCACGACAUGGACCUCGACCUCCAGAAGAUGGAGAAGGCCGCGCUCGCGAAGGGAGGGAUCGGUUUCGUGCGCGGGGCUGUCGACGAUGAGUAG